GUUCAGGAUAAAACUAGUACAGUUUGACCAAAGCAUGGAACCCGUACUAGAGCUUCCAAAACAAUUGGAAGAGAAAACAGAUUCACCAGAUGAGCAUGGAAGCCAGGAUCCAAUUCUUCCCGAAGGAGGCAAUGUGAUGGCAAUCAAAGAGCAGCCUUCUCAUUGUAGUGAAGAGUAUUCGUGCCAGCAGCUGUCCUUUCUAAAGGAGACCCUGGACAGACAGGUCUUGGAGUAUGUGGAGGUGGCUCUUUUCCUGAGUCCAGAAGAACAGCAGAGGCGACUGCUUGCCAUUUUGACCAUCUUUCUGAAGGCCUGGGAACAGUCAGAUGGCAGUAUCUAUUUCCCAAAUAUCCAGCUUUUAGCAAGUGAAACUUCCAGUCUUCUGGUGAAAGAAAUCAAGAAGAAAAUGAAUGGAAAUCCAGCAGAAGAAGCUCAACUGCUUGUGUGGCAAUUUCUGCAGUGGAAGGCAGACCUGGAUUCUGAUGGCUACCUGCUGCUAAAAUCAAUUUACUUGCUUUCACUCUACACUUCGGAACAGGAACUCCAGUGGAAUAUAAUCAAAUCUGGGUUGCCUGUGACAUUGCUGCAGUGCCUAUACCUCUUCUUUGUUUUUCCCCUGGAAGUAGCUCCUGGCUACAGUGAGGAAAAUCAAGGCAAAUGGGAGACCCAAGAAAUGUUUGUGCAGACAAUGGUCAACAUUUAUGCAGAAAAACAAGGAGUGGAGAUGCUUCUCAUGUCUAGUCAUCUUAAAUCUUUGAUCAUAGCAAGAUCCUCUCUCUGGGAUCAAGGCAGCCGAUCUUGGAAACAACCUACAAGCCAAGUGCUCCAAACAAUUUCAAAGGCCCUUUCCAAGACCACAGUUUCAUACCUGCAAGCUGAAAUGUGGCCAUUCUUGGUGGCCAUUUUCUUCAAUGACUAUUACAAGCUUGCAGGCCACAAUUGCAGACUCUUAUAUGAAGGGCCACUGGACAACAAAGAAAAUGCCAGCAUUAAAGAAACACUAGACUUACUGACACAAUUGACACUUUGUGGGGAAACUGAAUUGAACGUUUCAGGCAAUGUUGCAUAUCCACAACUGCCACAAUUUAAUGAGAAACUGCCACAAUUUAAAGAGGAGCAGCUCCUUUCUUCUGGAAAAAGAAUAAGGAAUCUGAAAGCUUUCCAAGUACUAGAAUCCCUUUUUCGGAAAUCCAACAACCCAAAGCUCUGUCAAUACAUUUUGCUUGUACUAAAAUCAAUCUGGACCUGGGACUCCAUGAAUUUCUUCCUACUUGAGUGGUCUCUGCAGCCCAUCUGCCAGUUUGUUGGGGUCAUCCCUCUCAAGACUUUCCUAGUCCAGACUCAGUUCUUCCAGCUGGUGGAGUCAGUGGUGGUGGACCUCUAUUAUAUCCCACAUGACAUCUUAAAGGAGAUUCAGUGUUUGAUAAAGGAGAAUGCUGAGCCAUUAUGCACAUCAGUUGCCUUGCGCUGCCUUCAUAGCAUCACACAGAGAGACCCGCUCUUUACAGAUAUCUUCAGAGAUUCAGGACUUUUAGGAAUGCUGCUUGUGCAGUUGCGUAAAGAAGCCAAAAUACUGAUAAAGAAAGGUAGCACUCAAGCAACUUUGCAAGUGUCAGAAGUGGAAGAACUCCUCAAAAUGAUGCUGAAAAUGACAGCUGCUCUUGUUGUGGGAUCUGUUAGGAACACAGUGAUUCUCAGAGACUAUGGUAUGGUGCCCUAUAUCAAGAUUUAUGUGGAUAUUGAGUUUUAUCGAAGUGAUGCCUUGAAUAUCCUGGAACAGUUAUCCAUUAUCAACCCUGAGGAGUACAUGAGCACCAUUAUUGGGGCCUUGUGCUCUUCCACUCAGGGCGAACUACACUUCAAGCUGGAUCUACUUAAAUCUCUCUUGAAGACACUGGUGAAUCCCAAGGGUCGUUCAGCCUUCAGAACCAGUAGUGGUUUUAAUGGGCUGUUUUCCCUUCUGGCUGACAUGGAAGGUGCCUUGCAGGACCCACCUUUAGGCUUAUGGGCCUCAUUUUGUCAUAGCCACAUAUUAGAGCUGAUACUACACAUUCUCCAAACUACUGCAGCUGCUCUUUACCUGGACCCUGUCAAUAGUGACUUCUUCCAGAAGAAUGGUCUCUUUGAGAAGAUGGCAGAAGAACUUGGCAUGCUUGGCUGCUUUUCAGCACAAAGGUGGGGACAGAUUCCUAUAUGGAUCAAUAAACCACGAUCAUUUGUUGAGAUUUCAAAUACAGUUAUUUGCUCACCUGAACUUUUCCCAACUUGCCUAAAAAGCUGCAUAAGGAUAUUUAGCUUCCUUGAUUAUAUGGCCAAGAUGAACCCCUUCAACUUCAAGAGCUACUUGAUGGAAACAAAACAAUCUGCAGAUCAUCACCCAUUGCGCAUUCAAGAUGGGAAAGAAAAUGAACAGGAAAAUUCUCAAGUCAACUUUGAGAAUAUAAAUUCUAACAAAAUAGCUGUCAGCCAGUGGCCAGAAUUCCAGAACAGGUCAUGCAGUGAGGACUGGGUGAUUGUGUGUCCUGGAGCUCUGUGUGUCAUGAUGAAACUGAUUUGCAAACUCCACAAUGAAGCUUACCCUGAGUUGUCGUGGGAAAUCCAAUAUGCUGUAGCUGAGCAUAUUCAAUCCUUGAUGACCUUGGAGAAAAACCGCCAAGUGGCCUGUGGAGCCGGCCUGCUGGGCAGCAUCAUUGACUCCUGCCCAGAGGUUCUGCACAGUACAAGCAGCCCCCUGCACCUGCCUGUCGUUAGGCUCUUUGAGAAGCUUGCAUCCCAGUCCAUCCAACCUGAUGCCUUAAGACAAUUUCUUUGCCUCAGAAUGAUGUCACUUCCCAUAGCUCCCAGAUUCCAUGUAAACCUCUCCCUGGCAUCUCUAAGUGAUAAAGAGGAAUUGGACCAAGUUCAGAGGAGGACAAUCAAGAAGGUCAAGGAUCUGGAAACCAAACCCUAUGAAGAACAGCUAAAAGGUUCUAGAAUAGCUGCAUGGAAUGACAGUGCAAAGCAUCCUCAAACUUUGUUGGGCUCUGACACAUCCAGGAGUUCUGCAAUGGCUCUCCAAACAGCCAUGAGUCUCAUUUCCUUGACAACUCCACGUAGCCUCCAUCUGCAGACCUCCUGCCUGGCACCUUCAUUUGUGGAAUUUGACAUGUCCCUUGAAGGAUAUGGCUGUUUGUUUAUCCCAAGCUUGGCUACUAUUCUGGGCCAAAGUACUGAAUACUCUGUCUUGGGAGGAACUGGAAAAGGCACCAGGCGGUUCCCUCCACUGGGUGGCCUGACUUUUUCCUCCUGGUUUCUGAUCAGCAAGAUGAGUUCUGUUCAUGAUUAUCACCCGCUACGUUUCCUUACCUUGAUGCGUCACAUGGCAAGAACUGAAGAAAUAUUUGUUUGCUUUUCAGUGAGGUUUUCCCCCACAGAAGGUUGCCUCACCAUCUCUACCGAAGAAGUGGCAUUUGAAGCCUUAGACAGUAUGGUACCUGAAUUUGAGGAUGAGACCUCUCUCCUGUCCCAAGUUCAAUUCAGAUGUGCUCCGCUGCUAGUGACCGGACAGUGGCAUCAUCUUGCUGUGACAGUGGCAAAGGAGACAAAGCAGAUCUGUACCGUUUCAGCCUAUCUAAAUAGCUGCCUGGUGGGCUCUGCGAAGAUGCACUACAUCCGACCUCUCCCAGGGAGCUUCGUUUCCAUGAACCCCUCUUCUUUUAUUGACGUCUUUGGCUAUGUGGCUACACCACCGAUGUGGAAAAAGAAGUCUUUCUUGACUUGGCGCCAAGGCCCUAUGUACUUAUUUGAAGAAGUUCUCUCCAUUAAAACUCUGCAGUUUAUUGAAAAACUUGGUCCAAGAUAUUACAGCAAUUUCCAGGCUGUGGAGCUUAGAGGCUCUUAUAGCAGUAUGCAGAUGGAACCUUUGGUGCUACAAGAGAAGAUUUCAUUUGGAAUUAAUGUCAGAAGUUCAUGUUAUACAACAGUUAAAGACAUAAAAGACUGCUAUGGUGAAGUGGAUGGGCGCCUAAUAGCCAAAGAGUUGAAGCUGUCAUCUCGUGAUAGUACAACACCUGUUUUCAUGGCUCAUAAUACUGCUGGAAAACUUCCUGGCUCCUUAAGAACAAUCGGUGCAGUUGUUGUGGGCCAAUAUGGAACUCGAGUCUUCCAGUCGUGUCCCGCAGUGGUCAGUCUGAACUACCUUGGAGGCCCUUCUCUUCUCCUGGCUCUCCUGGCCGUGGCUGAGGAUGACCACACCAUUUAUGCUGCUGUCAAGGUCUUGCACACUGUCCUGAACAGCAGUGCAGUGAGUGAAAAUCUAAUGAGAGAGGGUGAUGGGUAUCAGAUUCUGGCAUAUCUGUUGAAAAAAAAGGCCCAUCUAUUAAGCAGUAGAAUUCUGCAACUUGUUCUUUCUAUCGGUGGCACUGCAGAAGCCAGCUUAGAAGAGCUAACUAUCAAGAACUUGGAGAUCUUCCAACAUAUUGUCUGCAAUUUUGAGCUAUGGUGCCAUGCCUCUGAAAAUCUGGACGUCCCUCUGUUUAAGCAUCUCACUGAAGUUCUCCAGUCAUCAAGAGAAAAGAGUUCAACCGUGACCCUCAUUCAGCAGGUGCAGAUGGUGCCCAAACUUUUUCUUCUCUUUGGGGACUCUGGGAUCACAUGCUCUCGCAUCAAUAGGAUCUGUGUCCUCCUGUGCCAUUUACUUCAGGGCCAUUUCAGCAUCAAAGAUUUGCUCUGGAUUAGCUUAUUCUUGGUUUACACUUUAUGUCCUGCAUCUAUUGAUGAAAAUCAGACCUGCUCCAAUAGUGGUCCAGAAUCACUUGAACAAGGCUUAAGUCAGACACCUGGAAAAAUGGUCUGGCUUCGAAACCAGUUGUUGAGUAUGCUGUUAGAUGUAAUACAACCAGACAAAUGUCAUCUGUCCUCUGAAAUCCAAGAAGAAAUGUUCCAAGCCUUGGGCCCUGACUGGUUCCUGAUGUUUAUGCAAAGUCACAUGCAUGAAAGCACAUUUAUGCUGGCAGCCAAACUGUUAUUCCAUUUCCUGCACAAUCGUACACACCUGCAUAAGUUCAGAGAGGGGAUGAUGGCAGGCAUGUGGCUGAGAAACAGCUUAGAGGGGCUGAAUAUUUUGACUGACAAUUUAAAGAGUUCUCCCCAGUUAUUUGAGUGCCACUCAUAUCAGCUAUCUGGAUUAGGGGAGCUAAAGAUGUUCCUGAGCAACUCCAUCCACGUUCCUGAGAUUUACUUUCUUCUCUCAGGACUUCUUCUGGAUACACCAGUGUCUAAGCCACCAGAUGAAACUAAAGCAGGUUUGAAUACAGUGUUACAGUGGCUGCUACACAACCACCUUACAGAGACGGUAGUCAAAGUUGGCUUAUGUCCAGAAGCAGCAGUUCUGUUGCUGGAGAUGGUGACAUCCCUAACAAAGCGGAUUCCAGCAGAUGCAGGUGAUUCUUGGGAAGCUACCUUCGUAAAGGACAUCAUGCAUUUCAUCUGUCUUGUGUAUCACAGAUACCCUCAGGAUUCCCUUUGGUUCAGUUCUGACUUCCUCCAAGCAUUGGCCUUGGCUCUCUUCCCCUCUGGGUUAGCCCAGGAUGGGAGUGAGAAUGGGUCAUGUCCCCACAGCAUGGCUGUUGCCUCUUCCUGGGAAAAGAAUUCUGGCCUUUGUGAUUCUUUGUUUCAGCAUCCAGCUAGGAAACAAGUUUGGGAUUUGAUGCAACUUCUCCUGAGAGGAAUAAUGCUACUUGACUGGAGGGACAAAAAGUGGCAUCCAUUGGAGUUCAUUCUUGAGGCUUCUCCAGAGAAUGUUGCUAUUGAGCAAAAGAUGUGCUUCCAGACAGAGAUAUUGCUUUCCAUUAUAGAUAUUGUCUACAACCUUGAUCAAAAUUACAGGGAAGCCUCCAGUUUAACAGGAAAUGGUGAUAUCAGAAAUGUUUUGGCAUCUGCCAGACCUUUAUUUAUAGUAAAUGUUUGCUAUUUUACCCAGAAGCUGGUAAGCAAACUUUAUGAAGGAAUGUUUGUCACAGAACCAAAGAAGACUAUACUUUUCAUUACAGAGCAAGUGCAACUGGUAACAGGAAAGAUUUUUCUCCAUAAAGAAUCAGUUAUGAACAACUUGUACAACUGUUUAAACCACAGUAUCUUGUAUUAUUUAUCUAAUUCCUUUUCUGACUGGCAAAGUCUUCUUAAAGUUCUACAAACCCUUCAGAUGCAAUGGGAUAUCAUCUUUGCAGUGAACAACUCUAGCCUGGAUUUCAUUACGUGCUUUUUGUAUUGCCUAUUACAGCUGAGAUCUAUGAGCUAUCAUGAACAUGGUGAGGGAAAAUGGAUGCCAGCUUCUGGUUGCCCUAUUUUUCUUGGCCCGAGAAAAGAGGAAGAGAGGAUGGAUGACCUUUUUGCUCUGAAGGAUGUUCAGCAAGAGAUUCAGAAGGCAGUUGAAGAAAUUUGGCUCUGGCUUCUUUCUAGGAGAAGAAAGGAUUUAGAGGAUGCACAUAAAAUCUCUUUAUUUAAAGAGAAAGGAGAUGGAGAUGAGACAAUGAAGAUGUCUGAUGUAAAUCCUCUUUUGGAAGAGAUCAUGAAAAAGACUUGGCAGUGCUUUCUAGCAUCUGAAAAGAAAACCUCCCAGAAUAAAAUUGUAGCCAAGACUGCAAGCAAGAUGAGUUCCUUAAAUGAAAGCUUGAUUCCCAACAGGAACCUAAAGCAGGUGAUGCACAAAGCUGAGGAUUUUACAUCAUAUUUAGAAAAAUGCAGGAGAACUGGGCAAGAACUCUAUGCAGUUUUAUGCAAGGAUCAUGCUGAGAGGUUGCUGUGUGUGUACCAAAAAUCUGCCAAGGUCUGGGCUGACCUUGAAGAUCAACUUUUUAGGAAAGGAGGCCCUUGGGGGUCUGCAGUAGCCUCUCCUGCUAGAAGGUGGGUCCUGGAUACCUAUGAAGGCCCUGCUCGGAUGAGGAAGAGGAUCCAGUUCAAAACUGCAUAUGAUACAGCGGAACCAUUGUCAAACAAGGCUCAGCAGACACAGAAUAGUGCACCGGCUUUAGUUCCUCUGGAAAAUCAAG